AUGGUUCGGAUGAAAUGGCUGGGUGCGGCGUUUUUUAUUAUGUUAGUUAUUAAUCUGGUUUAUGGGCAAAACUUUGAAACUGGCGACAACAGCACUGUUAUUGGAUGCUCGUAAGUUUCUUUGAACCGUUUUUUGGUCUUUAGGUCUGUAUUGGAUAGAUUUUAAUCUUUAAAAAUGUAUAAUGGUCUAACGAUCGUCGUGGAGCGAUCCGAAUAGCUUAUUUUAGUGAUGAGUAAUAAAAAAGUAGCAAGUUGAUUACAAAAACUUUGAUACUUGCGACGUUUCUUUAUCUUAAGGAAGUGUAAGGGGCAUACUUUAAGGUCGCAUUGUUCCUACAAAGAUGAUGAUCUCACUUGUUGGAAUACAACCCUUGGCUUCUUUGAGCACCUAUUACUCGCCCAUAUGAGGCAUUACGUAUCGGUCCAAAUGAAUAUCGACCAAUGGAAUCGACGGCAUCAGAAGCCAUACAAUCCUGACUUUGAUGGAAUGCGGGAGAGAUCUAUUACCAAACUAUGUAAGUCAUUUAUGACGAUUUACGGUAUUCAUCGUACUAUCUUUUAAUCCUCUUUUUUAGUGUCUUACCUCCGAGAAGACGACGUCAUCACCGAAUCAACUGUAAGAACAGUGAUUACAGAGCUAAUGGAACAAGUGUCCGAAAGAUCGGAUCAUUUAAUCAGCUGGACUCCUCAUUACAGGUACGAAAUUUGA